UUAUUUAUUUCUUUAAAGAAACUAUUCAUUCAGACGUUUAUUCUUUUUCGGGUACGAUCAUACUAGCACUGACAUGACACGUUCCGUACAACUUAGCUAAUAAACUUCACCAUGGAUAUGUUAUUCAUGGUCUUUGUUGCUGUAGUAAUACUUCUAGCCUCUUCUCUACCAGUUCCAUCCUUUUCGACUCGAAUAAGUUUAAGCACAGGCUCCUCCCUGGAUGUCAGAUACAAAGAAGAUGUUUUAGUAUCAGCAAAUGAGGUUUUUUCUGCAGGAUUCUACAGUGUUGGAGUGAAUGCAUAUUGCUUUGCCAUAUGGUUCACUGAUCAGUCACUGAACAAACAAAAUCACAGCAUAGUUUGGAUAGCGAAUCGCGACUAUCCGGUCAAUGGGAAAGGCUCAAAACUCUCCCUUCUGAAGAAUGGUAAUCUUGUUUUGAUAGAUGCAGGACAAUGGCAUCCACCUGUCUGGGAAUCUGUUACAAACUCUAACACCUCAGAAGUGACAUUAAGUCUCGCGGACAAUGGGAACCUGAUUCUUCGCGCUAGAGGGGGCGAAAGAUUGUGGCAGAGUUUUGAUUCACCAACUGAUACUCUUCUUCCAGAUCAACCACUUACCAGAGGAACAUUGUUAGUAUCUUCAAGAAGUAGUACUAAUUAUUCUUCUGGUUUCUACAAGUUUCGGUUUGAUGAUUAUAACAUUCUCCGGUUAUCUUUCAGCAAUCUUGAAGUUAGUAGCCUUUAUUGGCCUUAUGCUUGGCAACAUCCUGCAGAGACAAAUAGGACUAUGUACAAUAGCAGCAGAAUUGCAGUUUUUGAUAAUUAUGGUCAUUUUAUGUCAACAGAUAAUCUGCAAUUCAGAACAUCAGAUUUUAGAUCGCGGGUUUGGAGAAGAUUGGUACUUGAGCCGGAUGGGAAUAUUCAUGUUUACAGUCUAGAUGAGAGGAGGAAAGUUUGGGAAGUUACAUGGCAGGCUAUUUCUCAGCCAUGUCGAAUACAUGGGAUUUGUGGACAAAAUAGCUUGUGUACUUAUUCUCAAAAAUUCGGAAGAAAAUGCAAAUGCUUACCAGGGCACAAGAUGAACGUUCCAACGGAUUGGUCUUAUGGAUGUGAGCCAGAUUUUAAGCCUUCAGAUGAUGGUGGCAGCACUUUCGGAUUUCUGCAGUUCUCUCAUACUGAUUUCUAUGGCUAUGACAGCGGCUUCUUUGUGAAUUUCACUUUCGAUAGGUGUAAAGAAGAGUGCCUGAGUCAUUACAAUUGUAAAGGGUUCCUUUUCAGAGCUAAAGGAUCUAAAGGAGAAAAUCUUUGUUAUGCCAAGAGCCGAUUGUUGAAUGGACAACAAGUAUUUGAUGUUCACAGCUUUGUUUAUGUGAAAUUACCAACAAAUAUCAUCAAAAUCUAUGAAAAAAAGACCAACCCUUUGGAAGACUCCCCCUUCUUAAAUUGUUCGGGCCAAGAUAUAAUACAUCUGGGAAGAGCUUACAAGAAGAAUAGUCCGAAUGAUUCAGUUAAGUAUAUGCUCUGGUUCAUAUGUGCAUUAGGAGGAUUCGAGAUGAUUGCCAUGGCUUACUUCUUCUCUGUAAACAUGGGGACGUAUAAAAGUAAUCAAGUUUACCAUCAGGUAGCUACAUCAUUCAAAAGGUUCACCUACAAUGAGCUCAAGAAGGCGACAAAUAACUUCAGUCAAGAAAUUGGCAGAGGGAGCAGUAGCAUCGUGUACAAAGGCGUGCUUCAGGACAACCGAGUUGCAGCAAUUAAGAGGUUUAAAGAAGAAAACUUCCGCGGAGAGGCAGAGUUCUUGGCAGAAAUUAGUAUCAUCGAGAGGCUUAAUCACAUAAAUUUAAUAGAGACUUGGGGCUACUGCAUUAAAGGAAAGCAAAGAUUUUUAGUUUCUGAAUACAUGGAUAACGGGUCUUUAGCAGAUAACUUAUCUUUGAACAUUCUUGACUGGGAAAAGAAAUAUAAAAUCGCUUUAGGCACUGCCAAAGGCCUUGCUUAUUUGCAUGAGGAGUGCUUGGAAUGGGUCCUGCAUUGUGAUGUAAAGCCUCAUAACAUACUCCUGGACUCUAAUUACGAGCCAAAAGUUGCAGAUUUCGGGUUGUCUAAACUACUAAAGAGAGAUGUGGCCAGAAAUCCGAGGUUUUCAAGGAUCAGAGGGACAAGAGGCUACAUGGCACCUGAAUGGAUCUCAAAUCAGACUAUAACUUCAAAAGUUGAUGUCUACAGCUAUGGCAUCGUAGUGCUCGAGAUGAUAACAGGCAGGAGCCCAACAACAAAUGUGUAUGAUGACACUGAUGGAAGCAGCAGGGCUGAACAGAAAAUGCUGGUGAAAUGGAUACGAGACAAGAUGCAAGUAGACAAUGUAACUGGAAAGGCCUUGCCUAUGAUGGAAAUUGUCGAUCCUCGGAUGAAUGGCAUGUAUGACAGGCCUAGGAUGGAAGCUCUUGUUCAAGUGGCUCUGCAAUGUGUAGAAGAUCAGGAAAGGGCAAGACCAACUAUGAGCAAUGUGGUAGAUAUGCUUGCAGGGCUGGAUUUACAUCAUCCUAGUCAAAAUUAGUUUUCGGGACCUAACCUGUAUUAUCUACUCCACAUAUUCCCCUGUAUGCUUGUUGGUAAAUUACAUAGAUGAUGUAAAUAUCUACUACAAAUCAGUGAAGAGUUUAGAAUGAAGAACAGCUGCAUUUCUAAGACUAGAGCAAGUCCAAUAGGUUAACUAAACUUGCUCUAACUCACAUUUAGGUAAUGUACUUAAAAAAAAGCACUCCAACACUCUUCUAGUGGUUACUUAAAUCACCAGCACAACCUCAAAUUUCCUAGCCAUUACCUAU